CAGCAAUAACAGAGGCGGCAAAGUAGACACAAAAAAAAGUCCACAAUCUGUGGUUGAGUCGGGCAGCGCAACGUUCUUUCGCUUCAAUUCAGUUUUCGAUGGCCUACGCGCGUGAACGGUAACCGAACAGCGUGAAUUCUCCUCCGGUUGGUCAAGUCGGAAAGUGGAAACCUGUUCGUAAGAGAGCGCAAUCGAACCAGCUGAAAUUUAAUAUAAUUCGUGGCGGGAACCUUUACAACAACAUAAAAACACAACGCUGGAUUUUAGAAUCGAAACAUACAACAAAGAAUAGCCGGUUUAUUGGGGGGAAAAGGCAUCAAUUAUCCCGCAAAUUAAAAUAAAGUGCCAUAUCGUGAGCUCAAAGUGAAACGAUUGUCGUGUAGUUCUUUACUUUAUUUAAGUUAACCUCAAAGUGCAAUUGUUGUGAUAGUGUAGUUUUGUGCUAGUGUUACACAAAAAAAUCAACGCAAAAUGCCAGAAAAGAAGAAAGAUGCUCGUAUAGUGAAAACGUACGAGUUCCCAACGAAACCUGAGAAGAAAACGCUCGGCCAGAUCCUAUAUGACAAGGAAACGGGUCAGGUUUUUGGCCGAACCGCCAAAAGUUGGGGUCAGCUGUUCGUGUUCUACAUGAUUUUCUAUGCGCUGUUGGCGGCACUGUUCACCAUUUGCAUGCAAGCCCUGCUGGCUACGAUGAAUACGCAGUUCCCCAAGUGGCAACUAGAUGCCUCCAUCAUUGGAACCAGUCCAGGCGUGGGCUACCGACCGAUGGCCACAGAUAGUGAUACCGAGAAUAUCAUCAGGUACACUGCUGCGAACAAGAGCGAUGUCCAACAGUGGGUCAGUCGAAUCGACGAUUUUUUGACACCAUAUAAGGACAUUUCUAAGCUUAUUGGUAAUGGCAAGAACCAAGUUAUCUGUGAUGUAAACAGCCCGCCAACUGGCGGAAACGUGUGCGCUUUCGACACAUCCAAACUCGGUCCAUGCUCGUCGGAACAGGGCUACAGUUACAACAAAUCAGCGCCAUGCAUGUUCAUAAAGCUAAACAGGAUCUAUGGAUGGGUUCCGGAACUGUACGACGAUGUGAACGACCUACCUAGCGACAUGCCUACGGAUUUGGUGGAGCACAUUAAAUCGUUGCCAGAGAACGAACGCAAACAAAUUUGGGUGUCGUGCAACGGCUUGACUGCAGCGGACGCGGAAACGAUCGGACCGCUGAAAUACUUCCCUGCACGUGGUUUACCAUCCUACUACUACCCUUACACCAACAAGCCGGGAUACCUCAGCCCGCUUGUAGCUGUCCAUUUUGCCCGUCCAACAGUUAAGGAAAACAUUAACGUCGAGUGUCGUGUGUGGGCCAAGAAUGUAAUCUACCGUGGAGGACAUCGUGACCGUCGGGGAUCAUUACACGUUGUGCUGCGAAUCGAAUAGAUAUGCUCGAACGCUCUAGUUCUAGUUAUUCAGCUGUUUUUGUUCGUUCAACAAACUCAAAUUUCAUCAAACGAGAAUCACUAAAUAUCUAUGUUGUUUCGGUUCGUGGUGAUAACUACUCCUACCAACAACUGCUAAGAUUUAAUUUCUCACCAUUUGUGCGUUACCCAUGCUCGGGAUGGCGCUUCUUUCUUCAAAAGAUCGGUUAUUUAUUGCGCAUCGUCUCCAGUGUCUGGCGAUACCAAAUCAGAACACUAUUUCAAAGUUCAAACGAACAUAUUUACUUAACUGAAAUGUGAUUAGAUUUGUACUAGUGUUAUUAAACGUAAAAAUAAAUCUACGUCGAAAUUGA